AAAAUAAUGAUAAUAAUAAUAAUAAUAGUAAUAAUGAAAAAUAAAAAGGCUGCUUGACAGUGGUGACAAUGGUUCAAUAACACAAUACUUGAAAAUGCAGAACGUGGAAGAAAAUGUAUUAGACCUGUAAUAAAUAGUUUAAAAAUGACCUCUUGUUGCAACAUCUAAAGAUCAAAUAUUCUCUGUACUCUGUUAUCUGCAGACUCAAGUCAGCUCAAUAUUUCUCCAAAACCCAAUCACUUAACAUAUUCACUGCUUCUCCAUGAUACACUGAAUGAUUCUACCAUGCAAACUCUUAAUGAAUUAUCUAGAUCAGUCAGUUUUGGGUGACUUGAUUGACAUACUUAAACUGUGUAUAUACUUGACCUCAAAGCAGAAUUUGAAUUGUGUUCACAAGCAUAGGGUCAUAAAAGUAAAACUUUAAAAAAAAUGCAUGAAAAUAUAAUCCCACAUAGACAUAGACAGAUAGAAGAAACAUUCGUACAUUCCUUUCCCUUCCUUCAUUUUGUGAUGCUGUGGGACAAACUGAUAUCAUUCACUCAUUUAUUCAUUGAAUCAGUUCUAGUAUGCUUCAGAUUUUGUACGCAAAAAAUGUUUUUUUUGUUUGUUUGUUUAAAGUACUAUGUGUUUUGUGUUGCAGCAUGUGAGGCUUUGAUCCAGGACCGCUCCGUCAACCGAUUCAAUCUCCACAGGAACAACAGACGAACCAGACAAUGUCCAGUGAUAUCCCAGUAUCCUUUAUGUGUUGAUGAUGACUGGGGGAGUAAGUGUCCGUCUGGGUGUCGGCUUCAGGGUUUUAUAGAUGCUCAACAUGCAAACUCUCUGAUGCGCCUCCGCAAAAUCUGUGCUAGAACUCAACAGUACAUAAGUGAGACAACUUCUAACAUGCUAACAACUGCAAAAGUCUACAAGGCACACAGAAAGAUCAUUGUGCAAACACAUGUUUCAGAGCUGAGAUAUGUAGAUGUUGCGGAGGCUCUCCACAGAAACCUGACAUUGUUAAGAAAGCGUUCAGGAGAACUUUCUCAGAAGCUGAAGGAGUUACAGCAUCUGAUUUUGGAACAGAUAAAAGAGAUGCACCGGACUGAGGUGGACAUUGACAUCAAAAUCCGUGCUUGUCAAGGAUCAUGCAAGAGCACCAGUGUUUACAGUAUUGAUCAUCAGUAUUACAAAUCCAUGAGGGACAGUUUGGCAGAACUCGGUCAGACUGCUGAGAAAAAAAGAACAGUCUUUAAAGACACAAAACUCCAACUGCACCCAGUUCCUGCACCUCCCGUGUCCCUUUCUUACAGAAUGAUCCCCAUAGUCCGUAAGGAGCUUCUGACAAAGUUUGAAGACAUUGAGCAAAAUCAGGUAGUUUUGGAAGACAUCUGGGAAGAUUUAUUAAAUGAAUGAAGAAAAAAAUGAAUUGGAGUAAAAAGGCAAGUAAAAUUGUUAAGAAAGUCCUCUUAGCACAUAUAGGCAGGAACAGACACAUCACUCAGUUCAACAUUUUAAUAUUUCAGCACCAGUCUAAUAAACAUAACGAAACAUUGUAACAGAACUGGGCGGAUAGAAUGUGCUGGUUUACUAUCGCUGUUACUAUAUUUAUUAUCAUCACCAUUAUUAAGAAUGUCGCAUUAUUCACUGUAUUAUCAGUCUACUGUGGAUGUUAAAACCAAGUAUUUAUUCUUGCUUUGUUUUUUUCCCCUAAAACAACUCCAAUAUCCAGACACAUGUGUCUAAAUCAAAACUCUCCUCUGGUAAUGCCCCAUAGCUGGUCUUCUACUGCACUUUGUGUGUGUGUGUGUGUGUGCUGCAGGUGUGCUGCCCACUGCUACUGUGCCUAGUGGUUGUGUGUGCACA